CUGCCCCCUCGUAAUUGCGGAAGUGAAACUUGUAACGAAGUUCACCCUGCUGUCUGCCUGUGUGGAGGAGUUUUUCUUUUUACCAGCGUGCUGGUAGCGUUUAGAAACGGAGAAUAACAUCUCAUAGGAAUGUCCUUGUCAUUCGAGGGAAGAGUCGUGCUUGUCACUGGGGCCGGAGGAGGCCUUGGCAGAGAAUAUGCACUGGCUUUUGCUGAAAGAGGAGCCUCAGUUGUAGUGAAUGACCUUGGGGCAGACACUAAAGGGGGUGGAAAGAGUUCUGCAGCUGCUGAUAAGGUGGUGGAGGAGAUAAGAGCGAAGGGAGGCAAGGCCGUGGCGAACUAUGACUCUGUGGAAGAUGGAGAAAAAUUGAUCCAAACAGCACUGGAUGCAUUUGGAAGAAUAGAUGUUGUUGUCAAUAAUGCCGGGAUUCUUCGUGACCGAUCAUUUGCAAGGACGAGUGAUUUGGACUGGGACCUGAUCCAGAGAGUUCACUUGAGAGGCUCCUUCUUGGUAACUAGAGCUGCCUGGAACCACAUGAAAAACCAAAAGUUUGGCAGAAUCAUCAUGACUGCCUCAGCUGCAGGCAUCUAUGGCAACUUCGGUCAGGCCAACUACAGUGCUGCCAAGUUGGGCAUGCUGGGCCUUGCAAACACCCUGGCUAUUGAGGGCCGCAAGUACAACGUCCACUGCAACACGAUUGCUCCCGUUGCUGGGUCACGCCUCACAGAGACCAUCAUGCCCCCAGACCUUGUGGCCACUCUGAAGCCUGAGUAUGUUUCCCCCUUGGUCCUCUGGCUGUGUCAUGAACAAUGCCAAGAAAACGGAGGACUGUUUGAGGUUGGUGCCGGCUGGAUUGGUAAAUUGCGCUGGGAGCGUUCUCUGGGCCAAACUGUGAGACAAAAGAACAAAGUCAUGACCCCUGAGGCUGUCAGGGACCAUUGGGACAAAAUUUGUGAUUUUACAGAUGCCACCAAGCCUGCUACUGUACAAGAGUCUCUACAGUCAAUUGUGAGUGUGCUGUCUCGAGUGGAGUCAGAGGGAGGAGUUGAUACAAAUUCAACGGCUGCUGCAGCCUCUGCAGCCUCGUCUUCGGGAAUCAAUCCUACCGUGGCUGUGGGACAUAAACUACUACCAACCACGUUCAGCUUCACCCACACCCAGUGUAUCCUGUAUGCACUGGGGGUCGGCAUGUCCACCAAGGACCCAGACCAUCUCAGGUUCCUGUAUGAAGGCCAUCCAGACUUCAGCUGCCUCCCCACCUUUGGGGUCAUUCCCUCCCAGGCAGCCAUGAUGGAUGGCGGGCUGAGCUCAGUCCCUGGACUCAACAUAGACUUCACACAGGUUCUACAUGGAGAGCAGUAUCUGGAGCUUUAUAGACCUUUGCCAACUUCAGGUAAACUCACCUCUGAGGCCACCAUAGCAGACGUGUUGGACAAAGGAUCUGGAGCCGUCAUCCUCCUCGAUGUGAACACCUACAGUGGCAACGAGCUGCUCGCCUACAACCAGUUUUCGGUGUUUGUGGUCGGCGCUGGAGGAUUUGGAGGGAGGAGAACCUCUGACAAAGCCAAAGCUCCUGUGCCUCCACCUAAACGGGCACCAGAUGCUGUGGUGAUUGAUUGCACCACAAGAGACCAAGCGGCCUUGUACCGUCUGAGUGGAGACUGGAACCCUCUGCAUAUAGACCCCAGCUUUGCUGCCAUGGGAGGCUUCAAGGCUCCCAUCCUGCAUGGCUUGUGCUCAUUUGGCUUCGCUGCGAGACACGUCCUCAAGCAGUUUGCCGACAAUGACCCCGCCAGGUUCAAGGCUAUCAAAGUUCGCUUUGUGAAGCCGGUGAUGCCGGGUCAGUCCCUACAGACUGAGAUGUGGAAGGAGGGCAACAGAAUUCACAUCCAGUGCAAAGUGAAGGAGACGGAUGCUGUUGUGCUAGCGGGCGCCUACGUGGAUUUGCACGGCACAUCAGAAGCUUCCCCAGAAAAUCUCACUCAAGGAGGAGGCCUUCAGAGCGAGCUGGUGUUCGCAGAGAUCGGUCGUCGUAUUAAAGAUUUGGGCUCAGAGUUGGUCAAGAAGGUGAAUGCUGUGUUCGGCUGGGAGAUCACCAAGGAUGGCAAGAAUGCCGCACAGUGGACCAUUGAUCUGAAGAACGGCAGCGGCUCCUUGCACAAAGGCCCUUACGGCGGGAAGGCGGAUGUGACCUUCACAGUGUCGGAUGAAGACUUCAUGGAGGUGGUGCAGGGGAAACUCAACCCUCAGAAGGCGUUCUUCUCAGGCAAGCUGAAGGUCAGAGGGAACAUCAUGCUGAGUCAGAAGCUGGAGGUCAUCCUGAAGGACUACGCCAAGCUGUGAGCCCCUCAGCCAAACAGUCAAAUGACUUCAGGAGCCAACCAGCCUACCAGCUCCCACCGUCUGUCGACUUAUCUCGUCGGUGAUUUGUGUGUGUGUGUUUGUGUGUGUGCGUACUUACAUUCUUAGGCUCUCAAGUAAAACUCAUGAUCAGUUACUCUCUAACAUUAGUACUACUUCAGAGUGAAUUCUCUGAAUGUAAAUGAACUUUUACUGUAAUCAUAAAAUGAACAAAGAGUGUAAAGAGGAAGCAAGACUUUUUUGGCGCGUCUUGAGUUACAGCAAUGCGGAGACAAGAAGCAAUUCAAGCUCCCUUCAGCUGGUGAGAAUUUACUUAUGUCCUUAUGGUCCAUCCUUACUAAAUAUGCACUUAACUCAUCUGCCUUUAAAGAGCCAAAUGUUAAAAGUUUCACUUAAAAAGUUAGUAAGUACUAGCAGUAGUACUGUACUAGUAGAAGCAAGUGUCUUCUGCAGGGAGCCGAAAUUCUGCUUAACGCUGAAUGUAACAACUACAAUCUAAACCGGGUUUAAAGCUCAGCUUGGCUUAAGAUGCAAUUCACUGGUCUGUUAUUUCAUUAUGAUGACUGAUUCAGCAUACUCAGUUUAAUGCACCUCAAUAGAAACCUUACGCCAUGUAUAGUAUAUGUAGAGUUUUCUAAUUAUGAAUAAGAAUGAUUUUCAGAUUUUGAUUUUUGAUUUCAGUGCAGUUGUAAUGAAAUUCAAUGGUUGCUCUUGAAUGAAAAUAAAGUAAGUCAGACUAAAAACUCA